UAUUUUCAUUAAGAUAUGAAGGCACUGUCAAAAAUAGUCAUUCUGAACCCUAGAACAGUAAGGGGCGAUUAAUUCUUUAUAUAGUUUGCUGGCUCAUAAACCAACCAGAAAAUCUUGCUUCUCCAAUAUGGGGGUCUUUUAUCAAGAAGACCCACCAAAUCCUUCCAGGAAAUGCUUUCUAGCAGGUGCUUUGAAGGAUGCAUUCUGCAACUGCCAUACUUUUAGAAAACCACUGCCAAAGUUUAACGAUGAGGACGAUUAUCCUACAAGUGACUUUGAUGAUACAGAGGAAGAAAUUGUAUCAGAAAUCAGAACUCGAGCAAUGGAAAAGUUGAAACGAAAGACUAACCUGUCAGACAGCUUCUCCUGGGUUUUCUCACCUGCAACCAAAGAAUUAUAUAUUACUUCAAUGGAGAUUGAGAAGAUGGAUGAAUCUGGAAAUGAAGAUAACAUGGGAGAUGAGUUCUACUCUGUUCGGAGUUUUCUCACGUGUUGUUCAACUGCAGCAACAAAUGAAGCCUUCUUUUCUGUGGAAGCCAACUUUUCCCGAUGUUCAAGCUUAAAUGGUCUUAAUUUUCUAGAUGAGGAUCUCAAGAGACGCACCAUCUUGCAGGAAGUUUUUCAUUGUGAAGGAUGGCCGUUCGGUCUUUGCAGGAAGGCAGUCUUACUUCCGCCACUGCCCAAGUCGCCAUCUGAAUCUUGGUUAUGGAGUAAAGGCACCAAAAUUGUAAAGACAUAUUGAUGUCCAGAUUUGGAGCUAAACUCUGUUUUUGUACUUUCUUGGUAACAAAACUCAUCAAGUUAUUUGAUCUGAUUAAUUCCAACUACACAAAUUACUUCAUAAA